AUGUUAGAUGAACUAUAUAAAGCAGAACGUGGAGAGAUGGAAAAGAAACUUCAAGCAAAAGAUGAAGUCAUUGAAUCCAAAGACAAAAGCAUACAGAAAAGAAUACCACGUUCAGUACCAAAAGGAAAGGAAAAGAGUUAUAAGUAUAUGAUUUAUACUGAAGAGUUGGAGAAAGAAGAAGAUAGAGAUAUGGUUAUGUUGCAUUUAGUCAGAAGAAACAACAAAAGCUUUUACGACCUUGCUAAAAUAUAUAAAUCUGACAGAAACUGGUUCUAUCGUGAAAACUUACCGAUUUCAAUGACACCGAAUGAGCAAAUAAAAGAAAUUGUCAAAAAUACUCUUCCUCAAACACACUAUGACAUCAAAGGUUGCACAAUACUUACCUUCAAAGAAGACUUAACAUUACUGAAGGAAAAAAUAACAGAAUAUUUCGAUAACUUCAAAGAGGAAGAAUGA